UUGUAAACAGUAUUUAUUUUGAAAUUGCUUUGUUAGAAAAAAGUACAUAUAAAAAAACAACCCAUGGUUUAAUUUAAAGAUCUAAGUACAUGAGUGUAGACUAAAGGAACCCAAAACUGAGUACAUGAGUGCAGACAACCCCUCCAGGUGUGAAAGCAGCUGCUUGGGACCCCUCGGUGGCUGCCACGGCUUGGGACCCCUUGGUGGCUGCCACGGCUUGGGACCCCUCGGUGGCUGCCACGGCUUGGGACCACUCGGCGGACUCCAUUGCGCCCCGGAUUCUUUUUUAUCUGGUUGUAGGGUUGGUGGCUGGGGUUCCUUCAGGGCUGGCGUUGCACCUGGCUGGCUCCAGGACUGGCGUCAGUGGGUGACGGAAGGGAUAAUCCUCUUCGCUGUUGGGAAUAGGACCAGCCAAGGAGCUCCCUACAAUUGAACACUGCUGCGUCAUUUUCUGAUCACUUGUUCUGUCACGGCUUCGUAUGGUGCAGGCAGGACACAGGAGCAGAGCUCCAGUGUCUGCCCCUUAUAUCAGACACAAAACACAGAGUCUCUCAUUGGCCAGCCCGUUAAAACAAGAGAGCUGUUCAGUGGUGUGCACUGUGAAGAACGGAAGAGACGUGACCCUGUCAUGGUACAGAGGAGAGGAGAGAAUCAACCAGACCAGCAACCCAGAUACCAACAAAACUCUCUUUUUACCUCUGGAGGUAAAAGUGGAUAAUGACAUUUACAGCUGUGUGGCUAACAAUCCUGUCAGUGACCAGACAAUCAAACUCAGCAUUGAGGAGCACUGUCAGCCACAUUCAGGUCCAACUGAACCGCCGUCAACAACUGUAAACAAAUAUGUCCUGCCUGGGCUGCUGAUAACAGUUUGCUUUAUGACAGUUGGGUUACUGGUAUGGAUAAACGGGAAAAACUGUGACUUAAAACAUCAAGAUACUACUGAUAUAAUCUAUAAAGAUGUCCAACUGUUAUGGAAUACAAAUACAUUACAUUCGACAACAAGGAUGAGAGGUACAGAUGAAGACAGUCACCUGUUAUACCAGCAGCCACCGUUGAUCAGUGUUCUUCACACUAGGGAGACAUCAGCAAUAGGAAUCGUGGAAUGUUGAGUCACUGUGGAUGACAGAAUCUGGGAACAACAGAGAGCAAAGUGAUAUUGAAGACAAUUGAAAAUUAUCCUUGGAUCCUCCCUGGAUGAGAUGCUGUUGGGAGGACCAUACUACUAUGACUAUGGGGGAGUUGGAGGCCCUG